AUGCAGAUUGCGGAGGGAACCGCGAAAAUACUUUCAAAUAUUCCUCUCCCCGAUGAAGUUGCUGUGGUGCAUCGCCAGGCAGCCAUUGUGGACAUUGGGAGCUACACCACACGGAUUGGAUUUGCCGGAGAUGACAAACCCCGCGUUGACGAGCCCACAUGUGUCGUGAAAGGCACCGGAAAAGAGUCCUCUUCACUUUGCCUUAAGAAGGCUUAUAACUGUCGUGCGACGACGGAGGUCUCCCGCGUCAUAGAGAAUGGCGAGGUGGACUGGGAAGCCAUGGAGCAGCUGCUUUCUUACCUGGAUGAGCUGCUGCAGCUGAACUCCAAGGAGGUGCAAACCCCGCUGCUACUGACCGAGAAGGUGCUUGUUCCCCGCACGCAAAGGCAGAAACUGGCGGAAAUUCUCAUGGAAAAACACGGGGUGACAGCCGUUCAUUUUGCCCAGAGUCCUGUACUUGCGCUGUACGCCGCCGGUAUCAGCUCCGGCACGUCUGUAGAGAUGGGCUACAACGCAUGCCAUGUCGUCCCUGUCUU